UUACGUUAUGUCAGUAACGUGCGUGACAAUAUUGUGGGCCACUUUAGUGGUUGCUAGUGCCAAAACGCAUCUUUCGAAGUCCUCAUCCAAAGAGAAAAACUCAGGAAAUACGAUAAUCGAGAACAAGAACGUGAACGUCAUCGUGAACGUGAACGCACAGGAAUUAGCUCUAGAGUUGUGGAAGAUAAUAGAGUCUCGGUUGAACAACUGUACUAAUCAUACCAGCAGCUCAAACAGCAUCGUGGAGGAUCUUAAGGAGGCUAUAACGCCCUUAGUGUCACCUAACAGAAGGAGCAGUACACCAUCCGCUUUCCAAGUGGCGAGUCAGCUCGAUAGUAUUACUCGACGAGCGCUCAUCAGAAACAUGCCAAACAUUAAUAUGUUAGACGAAGAGAUCAUGGCGAGAGACAUCGUAGCCGACAUGAUGGCCUCUAUGAAGAUCUUUCUGUCGAAACAAGCCGCCAAGAAAGGCCCCAGUAGAAGGAUGAUGCAUCGUCCUGCCGCGACGACAAUGUAUGACAAUAAGGAAGAUAAUUAUGUGAAUAUCAGAAUUAAGAUUAAUCGAAAGGACAUUUUUAAUGCUUUUCAUUAGUUUUAUGUCACAUUGAAAUAAAUAAAUAAAUAAUUAUUUAAAAUAA